CCAUCCAAGCCGGUUUCCUAUUUCUCUCUCCUCUUGCGCUUAUCGUGCUCUCAUCUUUGGCAUUUUCCUCCCCGAUAAAAAUGAAAUCUUUGGAGCCUUCUUCGGCUCAGAAAAUUUCUUGGAGAGGAUGGAAGGAGGGCAAGAGGAGAGGGUGCCGUUGUUGGAGGGCUGGUCUGGGCCGGCGGAGAACUUGGGACGGAGAAAUUCGGUAAACUCAAUGCGAGGGGAGUUUAUGGCGAGCCUGCCGGAGAAGGUGAAGCAGGGGGUCGACCCGGAGAAUCCCUAUCAAAUCGACGUCUCCCGGAUGAAAGGCUUGAUGGAUGGAGAGAAAGAGUACUAUGAAAAACAGUUUGCGACACUUAGAUCUUUUGAUGAAGUAGACUCACUAAAUAGUCCCAAUGGGUACAGCAACGAUCAAGUUCUUCAAGAGCAAGCCCAAAGUGAAUUUGCAAUGAGAAUAUCAAAUUAUGCAAAUAUUGCUUUGUUGGCAUUAAAGAUUUAUGCUACCAUAAGAAGUGGAUCCAUUGCUAUUGCUGCUUCAACACUUGAUUCCCUGUUGGAUCUUAUGGCUGGUGGAAUUCUUUGGUUCACACAUCUGUCAAUGAAGAAUAUAAACAUUUAUAAAUACCCAAUUGGCAAGUUGCGCGUGCAGCCAGUAGGCAUCAUUAUCUUUGCUGCCAUCAUGGCUACAUUAGGAUUUCAGGUUCUAGUACAAGCCCUUGAACGCUUGAUAGAAAAUGAAGCACCUGAGAAAAUGUCCCAUGCACAACUUGUGUGGCUCUACUCAAUCAUGUUGUCUGCCACUGUGGUAAAACUAGCUCUCUGGCUUUACUGCAGAACCUCAGGGAACACAAUAGUCCGGGCCUAUGCUAAGGACCACUACUUUGAUGUUGUAACCAAUGUUCUGGGCUUGGCUGCUGCUGUUCUUGGUGAUAAAUUUUAUUGGUGGAUUGACCCUACUGGAGCAAUUAUCCUUGCAAUUUAUACAAUUUCAAAUUGGUCUGGAACUGUUUGGGAAAAUGCAGUUUCACUGGUUGGUCAAUCAGCUCCUCCAGAGGUGUUGCAGAAAUUGACAUAUCUUGUUCUAAGGCAUGAUGCUCAAAUUAAACGUGUUGACACAGUUCGAGCUUAUACUUUUGGAGUCCUCUACUUUGUGGAGGUUGACAUCGAACUUCCAGAGGAUUUGCCUUUGAAAGAAGCACAUGCCAUAGGAGAAUCACUGCAGAUAAAGAUUGAGGAACUUCCUGAAGUUGAACGGGCAUUUGUGCAUCUUGAUUUUGAAUGCGACCACAAGCCAGAGCAUUCUAUUCUUGUCAACCUGCCCAGCAGACAGCCUUGAGCUCCGUGCAUCUUUUUCUUGUGCACAUCGUCAUGGUACGUCCAACCCAUCAACGAGAAAUGAAGGUGCUUGUAUGUGAAAGGUGAGCUUGCUUGCUCUUCAUUAAGAAAAUGUCAGUUGUUUGAAUCCAAUGCUAGAAGUUUUAUAGUGUGUUAUUCUAAAAGGCUAAGUUAUGCUAGAAGUUUUCGGAAUGAGAAUCUAUGUCUCAAGACUACAUCAUCUGGUCUUCGAAAUACGAGUCAGUCAGAAAGUUUUGAUGAUAA